AACAUGUGGGCAGGCCUUCUGAAUUGGGAUGUGCCCCCAAUUUUGAUAGGCAGCUUGUGUCCCCAAAUAAAUGUCCCAGCAAUUUAACAGUGUCAGUCUUGGAGGAGUUUUGAUGCUGAGGAGACGCAACACAGUAAACUUUUUCUUCUCAGUUUGGAUUUCUGGUGAGUAUCUUUAUACUAAUCCAGAGUUGUAAAAUCUUUGCAAGGACAUACAGACUUUGAAUGUGUGGUCAAAUUUAGCUCCUGCUAGUCUAGAGGUGGCUUUACUAGUAACCUGUAAUAACAUUAAGUCCUUACCUCUUGGGGUUUGUGAAAGGUGUAAUGCUUACUAAAUACUUGAUUUUCACCUGUCCACUUAUUUCUCCACAGAAAAAGGUUGACAAUGAAGCGCUGCCCGUUGUGCAGAGUUCCCUAUGCCAAUCGCUCAGAGCACCUCAGGAGUGUGCACGGGAUCACAGAUCAUAAACAGCGCAUACUCAUGCUGGGAAUGGCUUCAGGAAGAUACGCAGGCCCAGUAGGCUGCCCAAUGUCAGAAUGCCAUGGAAAAAGCUACGUCCGCCUGGACCGGCAUUUAAGGGUUGUGCACAGUAUGGAGAAGGAUGCCAGGAAGUUGCUCCUGGAGGAGACCAAAAAAAAAGCAAUUGCAUCCCAACUGUCUGCCAUGAGGAAGAACAAAACGCCAGCAGGUUCAGCCAGCCAGCCCCCCACCCCAAAGAAGCACAAAAAAGACUUUGAGUACCUGAUAGUAAAGUUCUUGAGGUCCGGGCCGAGCAGGAGGGGUAAACGGCAACUUAAGAAGGCUGUGAAACAUGUCAGGCGUUUUGUACAUCACAUGUGGGGGAUGAAAAGCCCUCCCCCGUCCCACCUCAUGUUUUUAAAGAGGACAGGGAAGGUCUUAAGGUGGAUAGCUAAGCUGAAGAGGCAGAGCCUGGCAGAAACCACAAGGGGCUACCUGGUAGCCAUCAGGAGGUUCUUGACGUUCCUGAGGCGGGAGGACUUCUCCCAGGUCCGUCUGUCUGCAGCACAGAUAAUGUCCCUGGACAGGGUGCUGAUAAGAGAGCUCUCCAACCUUACAAAGCAGACCGGGACCCACCAGCAGGGAGAGGUGCAAUCUGAAGAUGGGAAAAGGCAAAAAACAAAUUCCCUGGAAAAAAGCAGAGAGGAUGAAGCUGCCAGGCAGGUCUCUGAAGCCGCUGAAGAGUCAGAGGACAGCACCUCCAGUACGGCUGGGACCUCAGACCAGUCUGAUGAUAGCAGCUCCGGGACGGCUGAGACCUCUGACCAGUCUGAUGAUAGCAGCUCCGGGACGGCUGAGACCUCUGACCAGUCUGAUGAUAGCAGCUCCGGGACGGCUGAGACCUCAGACCACUCUGAUGACAUUAGCCCCGGGACGGCUGAGACCUCAGAGCCACCACCAGCUCGUGUUCCUGGGUCCACUAGCUACUCAAUGGACACUGCAGAGCCUGUUACAUCUUUUGUUGGUUCACCUCAGCCACCACCACUGCAGCCUCAGCCGCCAAUACCGAGUGAGGUCAGUGAAAUGGAGCACACAUGGGAGGCCUUAGAAGAGCCAGAGGACAGCAGCUCCAGGACG